GCCUGAUUAUGUGACACGAAGCGUCGUGUCAGUUUUGGAGGAUUGGCAUGGCGAGCAGCGCGGAAAAGGUCGAGCCCGAGACGCCCGAAGCAGACGUGCCCGCGACCUCUUACGCGAUCAGCGACCGAGCGUUGGCGACCGUGGACGCGCUACUGCAGCAAGACGUCGACGACCCGAGUCUCCAGCGCUACAAGGCGACGUUGCUUGGCGCCGCGGCUACGGGCGAUCUCGGCGACGUCAACGACACGCGUGGUGUCGUCGUCGAGGAGUUCAAGGUGAUCUUUGAAGACGGUCGACAAGAGAUUAGCCACCGAUGCGACACGGCAAGUGGGCUCGCGCACCUCGAGGCGACGCCAUUUGUCAUGGAAGAAGGGGCGAAGUAUAAAUUCGCGAUCCGGUUUCGGGUCAACCACAACAUUGUGAGCGGUCUCCGGUUCCAGAACAAGGUCCGCAAGCACCUUUUGUCUGCAAAAGAGGACGUUGUCCUUGGCUCGUACGCGCCGCAGUCAACAGGGUACGACUUUUGCUUUCCGCGCCACGAGUGGUCUGAGGCGCCGUCCGGGCUCUUCUAUCGCGGCAAGUACCGAGCCGAGUGCAAGUUUGUCGACUCGGAAGGCGCGGAGCACCUCCGCUUUUCGUACAGCUUUGAUAUCAAGAAGGCGUAAUUUCAACGAAUCCAUCAAGAUACGAACGACUGCCUUGUGUGCUUGGCUACGAUAACGUUCUUUGUUCAUGAGAUGAUAUGCGUGCGUUGUCGUUCUGCC